AUGGAAUCAAUCGUGUAUGAGAACUCGCCUUUGGCGGAAUAUUUGGAAGGGGAGGGUGGAAACGAAGAGAGUUGGCCCGUGGAGGAGAAUCACGAGAAUCACAGCGACGAUGAUCAUACCCGUUCCUCCAACUUUGCCCCUCGGGGGGCUUCCAAAUUCCAGACUCGCGUCCGAAACAAGCUACCGAAGCCUCUCAAUCUACGAGGAACACUACAGGGGGAACUAAUCGGGAAACUAUAUGACACCUGCUCGUCCGCCCUGAAUGUCGGAUUGGCACGAAGCGAUAACGAACGAUUUUUGGAACAAUUUGGCUACGUUAUUGUCGCAUCGCAACUAUUAAACGAACACAGCGCUCCUUCCUACACAUCCGCUGCAGAUGUCUUAUCUGCAAAGCAACCCUCCGCUCUCCCGUCCCUAUCUACAACUUUUGGAAUUCAAGGCGCCAUCGUCACAGCUGCCACAUCCUUUUCCAUCGCUUGGUUAUUACAUUGGAGCCGUUCGAGGACUGGGUCAGGACUCAGUCUCAAGAAAGUUGGAGUGCUUCUGAUACUCGUGCCCGCUGUUGGUGUCUUGUUUUAUGCUUUCGCAAAACGACAAUGGUUGAAAUAUCUCCGGCACCAGGCUGUUGAGGCAGCUGGCGCUUUCAUUGGAAACGCUCAGGGAUUUGACUCUGCUGCGUCAGCCUCUGUGGUUUUCAUUCAGGAGGUCGAACUUGUCUCGAGAGGUUAUCGGAUAAGCACUCCUCUGCCCCCCAUCAGUCGGUUGGAAGAUCUAGUACAAACGCGACGAUGCUUGAGAUUACGCAGAGCGGUUUCCGAAUGCUUCUACUCCAUGCUCGAGCGGUAUAUUCAAUCCCAGAAUACAUUACGCCCACUUACCGAUGACGGCAAUCUUGCGAAAUAUUACGACAUCUAUGAUAUUGGAUUGGAAGAACUCGAAGCGGUCGAGGUGUCGCUGUCGCAGCGAGCCAACGAAGACCAGUACUCACUGCGUGCUCUGAGGGAUCUAUUUGGAAAACUGUAUAGUGUGAGAAAAAGCGUGCUGUGCUGCUUGCUAGCUCUCAGCGCCGAUGGCGGUGGCUCUGAUAUUGCUCGGUGGAGUUCUGCUGUCGAGGAAAUGCGUGAGCUCGCUACGGUGACCGGCAACAGCAUGCUGAAAAUGACUGCAAUUUUAAAUGAAGAGGACCAUGAUACCAUUCCUCCAUCCCCGUUACCUUCCGCCUCACCAAGCAAGGACUACCUGCGUUCUCAAUUUCGACGGCUCAACUCCUUGUCACAAGGGGUCCGUGCCUUGCAUGCUAAAAUGCACAUUGCCAGCGAGGAGUCACAUGCCAAUCUAGAACGUGCAGACCCUGAUGAGUUCGAAGCCAACCUCCUUACACAAUAUGACUCGAUUGGCAGUGAUCUUAGGGCUCUUCUCCAAGAGUGGGAAGCUGGCAAAGCCGCAUUGGUAAACCAACACGAUCGCCUCAGCGUCGGGGAUCGCUCGCGACCACCGAGUACUUUCUUGUUACCCAUGUCCCCCACCCCCAGUCUGGGAGGGUCUACGGCAGUCGAGGGCAGCCCAACGGAUGCGCUGAAAGCCUUAACUGGCGAGGGCCGGCCGGAUCUGACCCAGACCUAUGAUGACGAGGAAAUUUUCGAAGCUGUUGUACUCCCGGCCUCGAGAAACAAGAGAAUGUCUUUGACCAGAGACGAGCGUCUUGCACGUGUCCGAGAAGACCGUGCCAGACAGGCGACUGCCAGAGAAAAGGUCGAUGCCAGCAAUAACAUGCUCAAGGAACUAGAAAUGGUCAUCAAACAACGACCAGGAAACAACUCCGCAAAACGAGUUACCAGCAUCUAA